AUGGCCAAGUGCUAUAUCCUAGCAUCUAUCUCAAAUGUUCUACAGCAACAAAUGCAGGAUGUGGGACUAGCUUUGGACAUAAUGUUAAGUCUGAAGGAGAUGUUUGGUGAGCAAGGCCAUUCUGCAAGGCAAGAAACUAUGAGGCAAAUAUACAAUACCAAAAUGGCUGAAGGCACUUCAGUAAAGGAGCAUUGUCUUAGGAUGAUCUCUAAUCUAAAUACAUUGGAAGUUUUAGGUGCCGAUAUUGAUGGAGAAUCCAAAGUGGAUAUGAUACUCCAGUCACUACCAGAAUCAUUCAAGGAAUUCAAACUUAAUUAUAAUAUGAACAAAAAGAUUUAUUCAUUGUCUGAAUUAAUAAAUGAAUUGGUAGCAGCGGAAGGCAUUCUUGGUACAUCCAGUGUUGAUGCUAAUUUGGCUGAAGCUUCUACUUCUUAA